AUGCUACCACCGCCAGGCAUGGGCUUUCCGCCGCCCAACCCAGGUUUUGCACCAGCUGCAGGAGGAGCAGGAGGUGGAUUCCCGGUGCCAACAGGUGACCAACAACAGCAACAACAACAACAGUUCUUCCCACCUCCUCCUCCCCCACCUGGGGUCCCACCGGGCGGCCCGGGUUCGUUCCCUGGUGCCUCCCCAGUGCCCGGUAUGAUGCCAGGUAUGAUACCAGGAAUGAUGCCGAUGCCUGGAAUGGAACUACCUGGAUUCCCCCAACCCCCAACGCCCCCACCAGGACUAUUCGCUGGAGCUCCCGCGGGAAUGUUCCCGCCUACACUCCCGCGUCCCCCUACUACUUCGACGACGACCCCUGCCGCAUCAGUGGGAGGAGGUCCUUCUCCUCCUCCUGUUCUUCCUAGCAGUAGCACUACUAUCGAGCUUAAGGAGGUUAGAACGACUUUAAGGAAGGAAACAUGUCGGGCUUACGUUGGUAGACUGUGCGCUGACAUCAGUGAUUCGGUGGUUCGUAAACUGUUGGAUCAGUGCGGAACUGUCAUCAACUGGAGCCGCCAAGUUGACCCUUCGACUGGGAAGGCGCUGAACUUUGGUUACUGUGAGUUCGCGGAUGCUGGAGGACUAUGGAGGGCGAUCGAGCUCUUGGAUGGGCGUGAACUGGGUGGUAAAAGUAUAUUGGUCAAAUGUGACGAGAGGGCUCAGAAACUGGUUGAUGAUUACACUGCUAGGGAGGAUAUCGAUAUUAAACGGGAGAAGGAGACUGCGGCAGCGGUGGAGGCGCUGGUGAGUGAGGCUAACAAGGAGUGGAAGGAUAAACUCGAGAAGGAUAAGCUGACAUCUUCUAGGGAUGCGUCCAGGGCCCGGGAUAAGAAGAGUCGGGCGUCGUCGGAAGGGCGUAGUGUGCGGGAGGAUGGCGGUGCUGCAGUAUCGGCUCUGUCGAAGCGUUAUAGAGAUUCUAAUAGGGAAAUGGCGAGGCUCAGGCGCAGGGCUGACUUGCGGGAGUCUAUAAGGAAAGAGUAUAAGCGUCGGAAAGGCAACUGGGAGAGGACAGAGCGUGAGAGGGAGAUGGAAUGUGAGAGGCGAAAUGAUGAGGAAAUGCAGGAGGAAAGUGAAAGGUUUGAGCUCAUUGAUCAGGAUGGUAAUCCGAACGAAGGCCCGGUACGGUGUUCAAGACGACUGGAUAGAAGGAGGGAGGAAGAGCUUGAUGAUGAGGAUAGAGCUGAAGAGGCUAGGGAGGUGAAGGAAGAGGAGGAACGUCGACGGAAGGAAGAGGAGGAGCGUAAACGGCGAGAAGAGGAAGCUAGACGUCAACUGCUUGAGGAAAUGCAGGAAUUGAGGAGGCGAAAGAAACAGAGCGUUGACCAGCGAUCCCGGAUGGGGUUCGGCGGUGAACCUGAACGAAAGAGCGGUUCGUCGAUAGAGAAAACCAAGGAGAUGUUCGCUCAGACCAGGGCUGAGGAUCAAGCACGUCAACGACAGGUUGUUGAACCGCCUCGCGAUCCUGCAGCCAAGGAAGCAGCUUUACGGCAAUCCCAAGCUCUGUUGCGAGCGAUGCCCAGAUCUAGGAAUGCUAUCAUGGCUUUCGAACUGGACUGGCAUGCUCUCAAGGAGUGUGAUGUUCUCCGGUUGCAGUUGAAGCCUUGGCUAGAGAAGAAGUUGACGGAGUAUUUCGGAGUGAUGGAACCUCGUAUGUUAAACUUAAUUCUUGAGAGGAUGGACGCUGAGACGCCUGUCCAGCAGUGUAUCACUGACCUCAAGCCUUUCCUGGACGAUGAAACUGAGGUGGGUAUUGAGAUGGAGAUAGGACGCUCUAUCAUAAAGAUUGGACGCUCCUCUGUUUCUGUAUAG